CACCUUCGAAAAGAUACAGACUCAGGGAUAUUGUGCCUGAUCUUUCUCUUAGUCUCUCCCCUUCUGAGUUGCUCAAGCUCAAUAUUCCCCUUGAAGUAAUAGAAAUGACACCGUCAAGAUCUAUAUCGUAUCACUUUGCCCAGUUUCGUGAAUUUUCGACUUGGGGUCCUUACGAGGCAUACCUCUCUCUUAUCAAUUGCGGUGCGAAUGUCAAUCUAAUUAACGAGGAAUGGGUGCUCAAUCAUUAUCAACUAAUCGUGUGGAAGAUUGCAAGUAUGGUUCGAUCUUUCCCAUAUGAAUUUAGUAGUUGGUGGUGUGUCGAAAAAGUUUUAGAGCAAUUACAGUACAGAUAUGAACGGGAGAUCAACUGUGCACAACGUUCUGUGCUAAAAUUGAUUAUCGAAGGAGACGGUAAUGCCAGUUUGCCAAUGGUUCUAUGUGUAUCUAGAAUAUAUGAAUAUGAAGAUUUUGACUCAGCAG